CGCUGCCACGCAGGCACAAAACACUCAACGAAUCCCUAAAUAGCGGGGCGGGUGAUCAUUGCAUAUACCGACGCAUACGUUUUUCCAAUAAACAAUGGACGUCCCUCAUGGCUACAGAGCUGCAGCGAAGCCUCGGGCCCGUGCAGCACCAUCCACAGGUGACACUCUGUUGUUUGACGACACCAGUGCCUCAGCUCCCCCUGUGGCUCCUCAAGGCUACUACAACGUGGGGUACAACAUGGGGGAGGGCGGGGCAGCCGGCGGAGGGCCAAAUAACCUGUUUACUGACCCCAUGGCCAGUGCGGCGGUAAUGUACGGCUCAUCCCUCGCAACGCAGGGGAAGGACAUGGUCAACAAAGAGAUUAGCCGUUUUAUGUCGGUGAACAAGCUGAAGCAUUUCUUCGCCGUCGACACGAAAUACGUCAUGAAGAAACUGUUGCUUCUCAUGUUCCCUUACACACAUCAGGACUGGGAGGUGCGAUACCACAGAGACACUCCGCUCACACCCCGAUAUGAUGUCAAUGCACCUGACCUCUACAUACCCACAAUGGCCUUCAUCACCUACAUCCUGCUGGCGGGCAUGGCUCUCGGAAUUCAGAAACGAUUUAGCCCAGAAGUGCUGGGCUUGUGUGCCAGCACAGCCCUUGUCUGGAUGAUCAUUGAGGUUCUGGCUCUGUUGCUGAGCCUGUACCUCCUCACUGUCCACUCAGACCUCUCAACGUUUGACCUCCUCGCCUACAGCGGAUACAAAUAUGUGGGGAUGAUCUUCACUGUGCUGUCUGGGCUACUGUUUGGCAGCGAUGGGUAUUAUGUGGCUCUGGCCUGGUCCUCCUGUGCCCUCAUGUUCUUCAUUGUCCGCUCUCUACGGAUGAAGAUUCUCUCUUCUCUCUCCACGGACUCCAUGGGUCCUGGAGCCAGUGCCAAACCCCGUUUCCGGCUUUAUAUUACCGUGGCCACUGCUGCCUUCCAGCCAAUCAUAAUCUACUGGCUUACCUCGCACCUGGUCAGGUGACCUGGUCGAGGUCUAGGCCUUGGAUUCCUCAAACCCCUUGGCUGGGAUUCAUCAAUGACUUGUCAAAGACUUGUUAAUAAUUGUGUCUGUUCCAUGGCUGAUAAAGGGAGCUAGUGAGCUGAGAUCUUGGCUUGGACUGACCUACAUAUGGACUUUGUGACAUACACAAGCAUUUGCGUUGACAAAUUGACCGAACGUAAGGAAUCACUGACUUGGGUGUGAUGUUUUCUGUACUAUGACUCCCCCCGUUUGGAGCUCAAACCACAGAACUGUGUGCAAGCUUGUAUAAGUAUUGUAUUGUGUUCUUUGGCUUUCCACCCACAGAUGAUGGUGGCAUUUAUUGAAGUGUCAAUACAUAAUGGAACGAAUCAGAAUAUUUGUUCAAAUUAUUUUUUUUAUUAUUCAAGGCAAUAUCAUUGUAGAAUUUCUAGAUGGCUAUGCCUUGCAUUUAUAUUGAUUCAAGAGCUUUCUGUGUGUUCCCUUUGAUUAUGCUAUUAUUCAAGGCUAACUAGCCCAUAGGAAAGUUUUACAGUUUGCAGAAAAACAUUACACCCAUUUCUAGUCCUAAUGAAAAAUGGCUAAAUGCAUGGAUGCAUGCGUACAGACAGACAGACACACACACAGACACACAGAUGGACACACAGCUUUUCAGAGACUUAAGUGAGCUUAAGUGUGCAAUACUAUGUUUUUGUCAUUGUCCAUUCCCCCUUUACAUAUUCCUCUUAUUUCUAUUUAUCUGUGCUAACUUGGACCGCAGUUAUAUUGUUGGGCUUUUGUUUGUUUUUGAAGUAAAAAUAAACAAUGUCUUUGAAUUUUACCUGAA